AUGGCGCAUCUCUACCAGGAGCUCAACCCGCCCCUGCUUUACGUGGACAAGAAGUCCGGAUUUACGCCUGAGAAGUGGGCAGAGGCCAUCAAGGUUACUUGCACGGUCUACGUUGGCAACUUGGCCUUCUUCACUCGAGAGGAACAGAUCUACGAGCUCUUCUCGAAGUGUGGUGACGUAAAGAAAGUAGUCAUGGGCCUGAACCGGCACCAGAAGGUUCCAUGUGGCUUCUGCUUUGUGGAGUACUUCAAGCAUGAACAGGCCGAGCUUGCCGUCAACCUGCUGAACAAGAUAUCUUUCGAUGACCGAAUAAUACGUGUUGAUUUGGACGCCGGGUACAGCAAGGGCCGAGAGUACGGCAGAGGCGAGACCGGUGGGCAAUGGCGUGAUGACUUUCGAGAAGACGUCGAUCCUGCGCGAGGCGGCAAAGGUGGUGGACUGCUGAAGAGAAUAGAGGGAAUGCCCGGUCGGCAGGUGUACCGUGGAACCAAGCGAAAGGAUCAUGGAAGGUUCGGUGCGGCCGAGAAUGAAGCCACAACCUCAGUACCGUGA